GCGUACCGCGAAAGAUAGUCAAUGUGUUUACCUUGACUUCGAGCAAAGAAAUAUUGAUUGGUAAUUGAUCGAUGUACCUUGCUCGCAAUGAUGCUACAAGAAACUAAGAUUUCAGGUGAAGACGAAUGUAGUCAUGAAUAAUUUACUUACCCAUGAGGAUAUUCUGCAAAAGCAAUGGUGUAAGCAAUGAUAAGAGAGAAAUAGACAGCUGUUCACAAGUGAUGAUAUGUUCUUCUCAGUGUUCUGAUAUUUCCGAUCCGAUGUUGUAUCUUGGAUGAAUGGAAUUUGUCGGUGAUGCUUUCUAACUCCCAAAGAUGAUGACUUUUCAGAAACUAAUAAUUUCAAUAUUGAACAUGUGCAUUUUGCACUUAGAGUACGUACAAACUCAAGAUGAAAUAGAAUUUGCAGUCUCGCCUAAAAGUCAAGCUGUGUUGUAUGGUGGAAGCAUAACACUAAACUGUGAUGCAAAGCGGUUGUCCUCGCCAUCUGACCAACUUUCCUACGCCUGGUAUCUAAAUGGCGGGCCACGCCCCCUAGGUAGUUCCAUAUUUGUCAACAACUCCCUCUUGGUUCAGGACAUCCAAGAAGCAGAAUUAGGAAACUACACAUGUGUGGUAUCUACAGAGGAAGGUUUACAGCUCGCAGUUUCUCCACCUGCUCAAAUCAUUCAUGCUUAUAUCAAGCGAUUCCUUAUAGACCCCAUUGGUAAAUCGGUAACAGAGGGAGAUACAAUAACGUUGGACUGUGUUACUGGAGAGAGUUCCCCACCCCCAGACAUUUUCUGGGAAAAAGACUCUGUCCCGUUCACAGGGGGAUCACAGUACAAUGCUACAUUUAAAAGUGCUUCCUCUCUAGGAUUUGUUCAACAGUUCAGUAUGAAACUUGUGAUGGUAGCCACUCCUGAGCACAGUGGGAAAUAUAACUGUGCUGCCAAGAACAGACUGCUGGGCAUCACUGUCCGCAGUCUACAGGUGUACGUGGGUGUCGCAGCGUAUAAAUUUGCUUCAAGGGUAGACUUGAAUCAGUUUCAGAGGAAUAUUAUAAUUCCAAAAGGCCAGCCUUUUGUCUUUAAUUGUCCAAUAAUUGGAUACCCUACCCCAGCAAUUACUUGGCAGAAAGGACAAGUGCCUCUGAGGUCCAACACCACUGACCAUACACUCCUGUCCAAUGGAAGUGUCUUCUUUCCGUCCUUCCAAUUAACUAACCAAGGAUACUAUAUUUGUGAGGGAAAAAACAUCCUUGGCAUGGACAGAUCCCCUGACAUUGUUCUACAGGCAGCAUACAUUGAGUAUGCCUUCACUAGAGAUCCAACAACAAAAUAUGCCAUCGCGGGCCAACCAACAACCCUCUCUUGUUCUCCCCCCAAUUCCUACCCCCCAGCCAAUGUCACCUGGUAUAAAAACCAACAGCCAUUGACCAACCAGUUCAGUAAUACCAGUAAGGCUGUCUUCAUUGUGGACCCUGCCAGUGGAAUAUGGGACCUUUAUAUUGCUGAUGUCCAGAGAAUCCACGAGGGCGAGUACUUCUGUGUUGCGGAGAAUAUCUUUGCCGUCCCAACGUCUCGCACCUCAAAGGUUGCAUCACUCAAAGUGGGAGGAGCUCCCACCUUUGUACAGCCCCCUGUAAGUCAGUCGGUCAUCAAAGGUCAAGGUCUGGUUCUGAUUUGUCUGGUUCAGGGUGAUCCAGAACCAGAAAUCACCUGGUUGUUUAAUGGAAAACCAGUAACAGAUGGGGCAUACACAACAGCAUUCAGCAUGAAAAACCAGGAGCUUCACAUUGCCAAUGUGAAUAAGGCUUGGGAGGGCUACUUCACGUGUCGAGCCAGUAACUCAUACGGAAAGUCAGAAGCUAUGGCUUAUGUGACUGUCAAAGUGCCUGUUGUGAUCACCAUUCCACUGGUCAAUUUGACUGUCACUGUUGGAAAUCAGGCAUUCCUACCUUGUGAAGUUUAUGGAGAUCCUGCUCCCAAUGUCACAUGGGAUAAAGACGGUGAGUUAGUUCCCCUGAGCCCUCGGAUUCGACAGACAGUGGAUGGACUUAUCAUCAAUAACGUGACACUGUCAGAUGCUGGGGCGUACAGCUGUUUGUCUGUGAAUGAGGCAGGAACAGCCCAGUCCUCAGGGACCCUCACCGUCCAUGCUCCACCAGUUUUUACACAGACUCCACAAAAUAUAUCGGUGGUUCUAGGUGGUCCUGCUAAUAUUUCUUGCAGCGUAGAGAGCCACCCAGUUGCAACUAUAGCAUGGCAUUUCAAUGGGACCCACCUUCUUCCUGAUGGAGUCUAUGUCAGUCUUGACAACAGCUUACAGAUUGCUGUGGUGACCUGGCAGCAUGUAGGAACAUACACCUGUGUAGCCACCAAUGUGGUCGGUUCUGAAACCAAGUCGGCAAAACUCUCUGUACAAGUGCCCCCCAGAGUGAGGUAUAUACAAGGAGACCUGAUUGUUAUAAGGAAUAGGGCCACUACCCUCACCUGUAAAGCUGACGGCAUACCCAGCCCCCAGAUCAGCUGGUUCAGGAGGGGGUCAGAGAUUUUCUCCUCCCUGGAUGGGAGGAUUAUAGUAACCAGUGAAAGGCAACUCCUCAUUAAGUUUGCCAAUGCAGCAGAUAAAGGUGAUUACACCUGUUCAGCUGUGAAUGUCGCUGGCUCAGAUGAGGCAGAAGUAUCUCUUCAUAUUGUUGAGCCUCCACUGCCACCAAUCUUGUUGGAUCCCAUAGCAACGUCCUCGACCUCUGUGACCUUGAGAUGGGAACCAGUCACACAGAACUGGUACACAUCGGUCACAAACUACAUCGCCUAUUACAAACAAAGACAUGAAGUGAUGUACACAAAGUAUGAUAUAAUGGCAGGCUCUGGUGAAGUGUCACACAAUGUUCAUAAUCUAAAGCCUGGGAUUGAGUACUUAUUUGUUGUAACAGCCACAAACCAAGCAGGGGAGGGUGAAAUGAGUAACAGCCGUUCAGCAAAGACAUUUAAUGCUGACCCCUCCAGCCCCAGAAAUGUACGUUUAAGUGAUGUACAGCCUUACUCACUCACUGUAAGCUGGGAAAUUCCACAGACAACCAAUGGAAUUAUUCAGAAGUAUCAAAUAUGGUAUCAGAUUGUCCAUUCAAACAAGGAACCAGAGAGGAUCCUGGUACAGGCACCAACCGUGUCCUACACUCUGACCGGGCUACUAGCUUACACUGAGUACCAGUUUAGUGUGAGAGCUGCUACAGUGGAAAAUGAUGUGGAUCUCUGGGGAAACUCCUCCAACAUGGCUGUCACCAGAACAGAGGCUGCAGCUCCAAGUGGAGCACCUGCAUCAGUUUCAGCAAAGGCAGUUUCAUCAACAAAAGUUGAGGUGUCCUGGAAGCUACUACCUGACAGUCAACACAAUGGACCAAUGAAAUUCUACCACAUUACCUACAAGUCAACCUCACCAACAGCUGGGGGUUCUGAGGUAGUAUCUGUCAAUUAUACUGAGAACUCAGCAGUGAUAGAUAACCUCUCCCCCUGGACAGAGUAUAGCAUCACAAUACAGCCUGAGAAUGUGGCAGGGAGAGGGCCUUCUAGUGAUCUCGUUAUGGUGAAGACUUAUGCUUUAGCCCCAAAUGCUCCUCCAACAAACAUCAGAUUAACAGCAGUUUCCAGCAGUGUAGUCAACAUCCAAUUCAAGUUACCAGACCCUUCCUCCUGGAACAGUGACCCUUCAGGAAUUGUGGUGGAGGUUCAAAAAGAUGGAGAGAAAACUUCAAGGGAAGUCACUCUUCCUACUACCACAGGUUCCCUACCCUACAAUAUCAGUGGCCUUGAACCCUGGACUCUGUACAAUGUCCGAGUUGCCCUCUACACGUCCUUGGCGGUCAAUGGGACAGGACCCUGGAGUGACUGGCAACUAGUGCAGACUCUCCAAGCAGAGUCUAACAAAGUUCGAUCUUUUGGAUACCAAGCAACUCCAACUAGUGCUACUGUGUACUGGUCCCCUCCUGUCAAACCAAAUGGAGUCAUCCAGUUCUACACAGUGAAGCAUUACCCUUUACCACAGACAGACAGACAGGGUGGUCUCUCUGAUCUAGCAGCUCUCUACAUGAGCCCUGUGCCAUAUACAGAGGUGUACAAUGCCUGUGAGAUACUCAGUGAACUCAAUGUCUCAACAUACUCACCAGUGGUGGAUGCUGUUCUCAAUGCCAUCUCCCAAGAUUCUGUUCUAUCUAGUAUUCAUUUGGAUCUAAUUUUCAAUGUUACUAGUCAUCACUUUCUUUCAAGUAAUAACACAGAUGAAAUAAUUGUUAAUCAGACUGUGGAUAUCAUUGCUACAUCUUUAAACCACAUAGAUAUAGUUUCCCUGAAAUGGAUGUCUGACUGGAAUGUCUGGACGUUGGAUCUUUGUUAUGGAUUGCUUUGGGUUAGAGAUAGUCUAGUAUCCCAGAAUACAUCAGAGACACGCACUGUCCUCGAGGACCUGCAGUCAUCGACAGAGUACAUGGUGGGAGUAUCAGCUGUAAAUUCUAUUGGAGAGGGCACUACAUCAGUUCACUCUGUGAAAACAGAUCCUCCUCCUCCAGCACCACCCCCACCAGAAACUACAGAGACGGUUACCAUGGAAACCACCACCAUCGUCCUUGCUGACCCCCAACCCCAGGGUCAGGAGGAGGACAGGCUGCCCGUCUACCUGGGUGGAAUAGCAGCUGGGGCAGUUCUUGUUAUCUUUAUACUGGCCCUAGUUCUUUGUAUCUGCAUUAAACAAAGGCAACGGCAAAAUCUAACUGACUAUGGGAACUUUGGUAAUUACGAUGCAAAUUCAUCAGAGGCAAAGUUUGGAGAAAUGCCAAGAGAGAGAUCACCAAGUAUGUCCACCAAAGCCUCUGAAGAUAACAAUAAUAGAGACAACAGACUGUCCACCUCCAGAAUCCACUUCUUGGGGGAUGCAGUCAAGUAUGGCACCAACUCAACUGUGUCAGAAACACAGCCAUCUUGUUUCCAGGGCUAUGGUCAUCUGAAGGAAAGUCAGUCUGUGGCAGCCUCCUCUACAUUCCCAGGAAUCAGAAUCCACAAGUCAGAGGAAACUGGUAUUGAGAACCCGUCCUACAGAGGGGGUGUGUCCGACCCUGGGGGGGAGUGGCGUCCAGAUCAGGAGUCGAUCUGUGUGUCCAUGGAUCUCUCCGCUGAGGAAGUCUACUCCAGGGCAUCCACGUUAAAAAGAAGAGCUCAAAUGAAGUCCGCAAAUGCUGAAGCAAUAGCUGUAAUGCGUAACAGUAAUCUGCCCCUGGGAAUUGAUGACACUGACUCCCUUAUUCCUAAUGACUCUGUGGUGGUCUAUGCAGAGAGAACAGCUCUGUAGCAACUCAGUUGUAGAAUGAUUAUAAGUAUUUUGAAUUUAAACCAGAGAGAAUUUUUAGCUCACCUGAACAUCUGUUUGACAGUCUCUAAACUUUUCUUUUUUGACUUCUUCUUCAGAACCAGAGGGCUGAUUUUAACCAAACCUGGCACAUAGCAUUUAUGGAUGAAUGAUAUUAAAAUUUGUUUAAAUAAAGGGCCAUGCUCCCUUUCAAGAGGGAUAAUUAAUGAAAAUUUGUUAGUACAGGUAACUCUCGAUAGCUCGAAGUCCAUGGGACCGAGGAAAAACUUCGAGGUUUCAAGAGUUCGAGUUUUCAAGAGUUCGGAAUUUUCCAGGUUGACCGACGGGUUUUAAAAUUAGUCUUACCGGAUGUUAUGAUUCAGCCAUUUAUUUAGUGCUAACCUUACGCACGUGCUUAAACAACGUUUUCUUUUCAGUAAAAUAUACAGAAAUGGAUGUUUUUCUUUAAAACUGAAUAAAACAGCUAUUAAAUAAAUUCAUAAUAAUUAUUUAUUUUAUGCAUCAUAUUAAGACCAGAUUGCUCAGUACUACUGUACUGCAAGACGAUCGACAUGUCAUAAAUGUGAUAACUGAGUUCCACCAAUUGUUCCCACUGUACAGGUCCUUCACCAGCUGUAAGAACUUGUUCAGCAAUAAUCAUUAUAAUGACAAUGAUGCUGCUAAACAUAAUUUUUACAAUUUUAUAAUUUUAAAAUUUUGACCAUGGCUUAAUAUCAUCGUUUCGUCUCAAUUAAUUUCUCAUUUUCAUUGCGUCUCCAAAUUAUCGUAAAACGGUUGGUGUUGAUUAUAGUUUAGGUAUCGGUAUGGGCAAUCAUCAAACAAUUAUCCCCUUGCAGGACCAGUGUCGCCUAAAUAAACAACCCGUGACACGGGUCCCGCGUCUAACGCCUGGAGCAAUUUAAAUGACCAAGUAGGUGUGAAUUGCGUAUAGCGCUUGGAGAUACAGGGCGACUUCGAGGGAUCGAGAGUAAAAAACUAUAGAUUAUGAAUAACGGGACUUCAGUUUGACUUCGAGGGAUCAAGGGUUUCGAGGGAUCAAGAGUUCGAGAAAUCAAGAGUAAAUUUGCUUAGUUAUAUAGGGAAAAAAAAUCGGGACCCUAGCCUCACUUCGAGCGAUCAAGAACUUCGAGGGAUCGAAGUUCGAGCCAUCGAGAGUUACCUGUAUUUUUUCAAAAAUCUUCUUCUCAAAAACCAAUUGAUCAGACAAGAUGUCCAUUGGUAGUUUAAAUUCAGGUAGUGUAGAUGUAAGUUUGUUCAAAUCUUGAUCCCUGCAGGGGGGGGGGGGGGGGGUCAUAUUUAUACAUACGAAUAUAUAGUGAAAAAUCUUUUAAAACCUUCUCAAAAACCAAUUGGCCAGAAAACCUGUAAAUUGUGUGGGAGUAUCCUCAGGCAGUGUAAAUUUAUGAUUGUUUAAAUCAUAAUCCCCAGAGUAGGAUAAGGCCACAAAAUGGGGGGGGGGGGUUAAUUUUUACUUGGGAAAUUUUGAUUAUUCUCAAAAACUCAAAUGGUAACAUAUUGAUAAUAUAUUAAAUAUGGUAUUAUAUGCAAGCAUCUUGACAUUUUGAUUCUCAACUGUUUAGACUGUUGAUAAAUUUUGGGCCAUAAAAGGGGUUAAAAGUUUGGAGUAGGUUUAUAUUUAAAUGAACAGUUGCAUAAAAUUUUCUCGAGAACUGUAAUUCUUUAUAUGUGAUAUGACUAUUAAAAUGUCCAGCUUCAAAAGUGUCUCAAUGUUUAGCAAAAGAAUAUCUGGAGAAAAUUUUGAAAAUCUUUUUAUACUAUUUUACUACACUGUCAAGAUAUUUUGUAUUUGUAUCCAUAAAGCUUGUUUAUAAUGGCCAAUGUUGCUCAGGUGAGCGAUGUGAGCCAUGAGCCUCUUUUUUGAUAGAAAUUUUUGUUUCAAAUGUUGUCUUGCAAUUGACAUAUUGUUCAUUCUGAGUGUUUUGCACUUGAAAGUUUAUAGUUUAUAUAAGAGUCACAUUUAGGUAGUAUUGUUACGGUAGUUUAAUUUUGUUUUAAGAAUUAAGUUUAUACAUUUUUAAUGUUGUAAUUUAUCAUAGAGUGGAUGUUCACUUACAUGCAUGUAUUUACAUUAACAUAUUUUCAAAGUACAUGUGUGUGCCAUGUUCUAGACUAGUUUCAUAUGUAUCUUUAUGAAUACAUGAUAAAAUCCAUUUAUGUGCAUUACUUGUAUACAAUGUAUAUACAUGCAAUAGUAUUAGAUUGAUUUUACAAUUUCAUAAUUUUUGUUUGACCUUUUAAAAAAAAUGUACAUUGUACAUGUAUAUCUACACGAAACAUUCCAAAUUUUAUUAUUGCUUAAUUUAAAAUAUAGUAACAAUGUUGUGUACCAAUUAAAACACAAUAACAAACAAUCACUUUAAUGUAUCUUGUCAUUUUGAUCACAUGUAGUCAAUUGUUUCACCAUCAUGUAUUAAUAAUUGAUAAUAAAAUAUUCAAUUUACCUUAAUUAAUUCAUAACUACUUACUUGUAAAUGUAAAAGUUCAGAAUAUGCAUCGUGUCAUUUCUGUCAUUCAGUAUUGCUUAUUUUCAGCUGUAUUACAAGGCGAUACAUAUAAUUUACAGUAUGGUUAUGAUAGGAAAUAUGUAUUAACAUCACGCAAUCCUUUGUUCAAGGUUCGAUGUGUGAAUUUGAGUGCUCUGUGAUUGGGAUUUUCAGAAGUGUAUCGGUUUUAAUACAUAUGUACCACUAUUUGAAUGUAGUGUUUUUAAGAUUUUUACAAGUUGUACACAUUUGCCUCAUUCAUUUAUUUUUUCUAAAAACAGAGGACAACAGUUGGUGUACUUGUUGUUUUUAUAAUACGUCAACUUUGAUCCUUCACUGUUCACAAGAAAUACAGUUGCUUUACAACA